GGCUCAUUCUAGUGAGAGAUUUCAGAAAAGAAGAGAGAGAAAGUUCUUACUUUUCGUCCAAGAAAGGUGGGAGAUCCUACAUUCUCUCUCUACGUGGCUGAGUUAUAUGAAACCAUGCUUGAACAGGUCGUGUUUCCAAUUCUAAAGGCGUCACAGAUGCAUAUAACCCUAACCAUCUGUAUAAAACCAAAACAAAUGCGUGAAUGAAUUAAGCAAAAACAGAAAGAACGCCAGACGUUUCUUCAGUUUCUCGUUUCAACAUGACGGCUUUCAGGAAUUUUGCUAGGGUUUUCAAGGAGAGCUCUUCUCUUUCUGGGCUUCUUGCUCUUGGUGCAGUGAGUAGUGGAGGCCUUCUGGUAUAUGCUGAGACGAAGCCAAAUAGUGGUUCUGGUGUCACAGAAACUUCUCAGGAGAAAAAGAAAGUGGUAGUUCUUGGAUCUGGAUGGGCUGGAACAAGUUUCCUGAAGAAUUUAGAUAGUUCCUUGUAUGAUGUUCAAGUGGUGUCAGCUCACAAUUAUUUUGCAUUCACUCCAUUGCUUCCAAGUGUGACGUGUGGUACAGUUGAACCAAGGAGCAUUGUUGAGCCAGUCCGUAGCAUUGUCAAAAAGAAAAAGGGAGAUAUCCAGUUUCUUGAAGCAGAGGUUUAUAAAAUUGAUUCUGAAAACCAGAAAGUCCAUUGUCAAUCCAAUCAUGACGUGACUGUGGAAGGGAAGGAACAAUUUUCAGUGGAUUAUGACUACUUGGUAAUAGCAGUAGGAGCCCAAGUAAAUACUUUUAAUAUUCCAGGUGUGAGGGAACACUGUCAUUUCCUUAAGGAAUUAGAGGAUGCAAGAAAAAUUCGUAGGGGCAUCAUUGAUUGCUUUGAGAGAGCAAGCAUUCCAAAUCUAGGUGAAGAUGAGAGGGAAAAGAUCCUUCAUUUUGUAGUUGUAGGUGGAGGUCCAACAGGUGUUGAAUUUUCAGCUGCUUUGCACGAUUUUGUCUGUGAAGAUCUAGCCAAGUUAUAUCCUUCUGUGCAGAACCUUGUAAAAAUUACACUUGUUGAAGCAGGAGACCAUAUUUUGAACAUGUUUGAUAGUAGAAUCAGCUCAUUUGCCGAACAGAAGUUCCAAAGAGAUGGUGUUGACGUGAAAAAAAGGUACCAAGUAACGAAUGUAUCAGAUAAGUGCAUUACCAUGAAGGGUAAAGCGCCUGGAGAAAUAUUGUCAGUACCAUAUGGAAUGAUUGUUUGGUCUACUGGGAUUGGAACUCGACCUGUUAUUAUGGAUUUCAUGAAACAAAUUGGUCAGACUAAUAGACGUGUCUUGGCCACCGAUGAAUGGCUGAGAGUUGAAAAAUGUGAUAAUGUUUAUGCACUUGGUGACUGUGCCACAAUAAAUCAGCGAAAAAUCAUGGAAGAUAUAUCAGAUAUCUUUAGAAUUACAGAUAAGGACAACUCUGGCACUUUAACAGUCCAAGAAAUAAAAAAUGUCAUAGAUGAUAUCCGUAUAAGGUAUCCUCAACUGGAAAUCUACCUGAAGAAGGAAAAACUUGAGGAUGUUAUGGAUAUGUUGCGAGGUUUCAUAGAAAGUGGUCAAGGAGAAUCUAAGGAAUUGGACAUAGAACAAUUCAAGACAGCUUUCGCAAAUGUUGAUUCACAAAUGAAGAAUCUGCCAGCAACGGCACAGGUUGCUGCUCAACAAGGUGCAUAUCUUGCCAGAUGCUUUAACCGUAUGCACAAGUGUGAGGAAGAGCCUGAAGGUCCCCUUCGAAUUAGGGGAACUGGUCGUCAUCGGUUCCCCCCCUUCCAGUAUAAGCAUCUUGGGCAAUUUGCUCCGCUAGGAGGAGAGCAAGCUGCUGCACAACUUCCUGGUGAUUGGGUCUCCAUAGGCCGCAGCAGUCAAUGGCUUUGGUACUCUGUAUAUGCAAGCAAACAAGUCAGCUGGCGCACAAGAGUGCUGGUCAUGUUUGACUGGACAAAACGAUUCGCUUUCGGAAGGGACUCUAGCCGCAUCUGAACUAAUAACAUGGUAUUAUUAUAUUAUAUAUAAAACUUCAUUUUUGAAUUAUUACUUGAUUCUUUCUAAACGCCGAGCUUGCUUUUCUUUUUGAUUCAUUUUGGAUCACGUAGUUCUGCUUGAGUGAACAUUGGUUGUUUCUUAUCCUUCCUUUCUGAGUCCAAUUUUGGAUAGUUGGAAAACAUUGUUGCUUGUGCAUGUACUCAGUACUAUAUGUGAGUUGCUGAUAUAGAUAUGAAUCAAAUGCAAUUUUGUGUUGUUGCAAAAAUAUAUUUUGUAUAUAGGUGUAAUAGAGAUGAAUUGCUGGGAAAGGAAUG